AUGCAGCGUGAUAAAAGAAGCUAUAAAAAACGAAAAACUCCCGUUCCGGUCGCGAAAAACAGUAGUCAGAUCAACUUUCGGCUUGAGACUGAUAUUGAAAGACCUAAAUGCUCGCUCUGUGAAAAUAGUUCGUUUGACACAAUAAGGAACCUUAAAAGGCAUUUGAUUACGCGACAUCAUAUCACGACCGAUGGAUUCAAGCAAUUGAUUGCAGAUUAUUAUCCUGAGGGCUCUCUCGAUACAGAUACGGACUCAGACGUUGAGGAAGAAUAUGAGCUUGAUGAAUAUCAAGACAAUGAUAUUGCUGACAAUGAUUUUGAUGAUGAAGACGAAUCAAUUGGCAAUGAAAAUCCAAUGGAUGAAAUGUUUCAAACUUUGCGUCGGCAAAUGUCGUAUUCAAUGGAUAAUCCGACAUCCGAUGUUGAAGCUGAUGUUAGCUCUUUUACGCAGAGCACAAUUUGGAAUAGCAAUGUCUCCGAUACGCAUCCUUUUGCAAAUAUGCAGACUAUGAUUCUACAUGCCCUUGUGGAUGGUGACAAUGACAUGAUAUCUCGCAGAAUAAUGAAGAAGAUUUUGUUUGUCAUAUCGCUUCUUAUGAAAGUCAAAGAAAAAGCUGAUAAUGAAGGUAAAAGACAAGGAAACAACAUGCCUAUCUUUCCAUCAAAGCUAGUAGAUGUUUCGCUGACCGACAAUAGUACAAUUACUGCAUGUUUGAAUCUACCAUCGGAUCACGUAAGACUUUCCGUGGCCAACCCUAACCAAUCUGCUUUGAUUUGUUCUGUACCUGAUCGUAGCAGCAACAUGUUUGACAGAUUAGAGCAAGGGGAAAAAUGGAGGUCGCAUGAAUACUUUCAGCAGCCCAUGUGGACAGUCAACAGCAUUGACUAUUGGAAUGGAGACUGGGUGCGACUGUCAAAUACCCCUCCAAAUAUGAAUUUCUUGGUUAAAUCUUUCCACAGUUGCAACAAAGAUAUGUAUGCAAGGGGACAUUUGACUUACCAAGCUCGCAAUAGCAACCAGAUUGGUAUUGAAUUAAAAGAGACUGAUGUUCUGGCACAAGCUUUGAUGUGUAAGAUUGGUUAUUUAAACCCUGGUGUAUGCUUCAGCAUUAGUCCCACUGAGGUAUCUCCACUGACAGAUAGUCAUGCUGCUUUGUUACGUGGUUCACAUCGUUGGAGAAAGCUCAAAGACCAAAGAACAGAGGAAUAUUAUAAAGUUAAAAUUGCCCCAAUAAUUUUAUUUACGGACGACACCUCUGGUAAUAUUUCUAAACAGUUCAAUGGUUAUGAGAGCUGGUCGAUGAAGUUUGCUGGAUUGAAUUUUGAUCAAAGAUCGUCAAUCAAAAACGUGCACUUCAUUUCUGCUAUACCAAAAAAAAAUGGUGGAAGUGGUAUAUCUCUCCUGCCUGCUAUUGUCGACGAUUUGAAAACAUUAGAAAGUGGAAUUAUAGCCUAUUCGGCCGAAGAAGAUCAAGACGUUUUAGUUGUAGCACCUGUUUUAUGGAUUGAAGCUGAUACUCCAUGUCAUUCAGAGCUAUGCGGAUUGCUUUCUCCUACUUGCUUAUAUCCUUGUAGAAAGUGCUACGUUUUACUUCGAAAGCGGAUUGCCAAUUCCAAACCUUCUGAUUACUUCACUUCAACGCAUACUGAACGAACCAGGAAUCAAUAUUGGAAUGCGGCCUCGGAUUCCCGACGAGCUACGAUUAUACAUAAUGCACCCAAAACCGGAGAAAGUCUUUCUGCUAAAGAUCUAUGUUUUAAGGACAGAAAGACUGACAAAUUAUUAGAAUUGCAAGCAUACGAUCCGGCAAAAGACACUCCGGUGGAGGUUCUUCACGCGAUUUUGCUUGGAAUCAGUAAAUAUUUAGUCGUUGAUCUAGUGAAGACAGUAUUAAAAAAUCAAGCCGUACUAUUAAACAGACUUUCAGAAACCAUUGAUCAGUUUCAAGAAGGUAGCAUGGGCUUAUCAAGAAAAUUCACAAGACAGUUGAGACAUUGUGGCUCCUUUUUGGGUAGAGACUUCAAAGUACUAGUCCAAAUUCUUCCUAUUGUGCUUACGAAGUAUUUUUCUGACGAGGCAGUUUUGAGGGAUAUUACAACUUUGUUUGUUUAUCUCGGAAAGCUAUGCUCAUUACUUUUUGUAAGGGAGAUGAAGGCAGAUCUGAACGAAUAUAUAACAUCUGUCGAAUUGGCUAUCAAGGAUUUUAUCAAUGCACUUCACCACUAUGAUCUGAAUUGUAAUAUUCCUGGUCAUAAUGCAUACGUAGGAAAAGUCAAAGUUCAUUUAUUGACACACAUUCCGGAAGACAUACGUCGAUUUGGAACAGUGUUGCAUUAUGAGACCGAAAAAGGAGAACAGUUUAACAAGCACAUUAGGGAGCAUAUCACCUACACCAAUAAGCUGAAUCCUUCCAGAGACGUUGGGCUAAAAUUUGCUAAACAAUCUAUGAUGCGGCAUGUACUUGAAGGCGGUUCGUGGCUGAAUGAAGAUGGCAUCCGGGAAAAAACAACAGAAGAUGUGAUGUCUUUUAUUAAAACUAACGAGUCAAUGUUUUAUCUCAAUCUUUUGGGUGGAUCAAGGGAAUUUAUUGACAAUACUGACCCAAAUUACAAAAAAAUAUCAGAAGGCAGCUUCGCUGUUUUUAAAAGUAAUCCCAAUAGUACUGAUGUACAUAACCCAGGCCAUGCGAAAUCAUUUGUGGGUAUCGUUCAAGGGCCCAAUGUGUUGCCUGUAGAGCUAAAUGAGCGAACUCCAGAAAGAGGCUACCUGCUGGUGCAAGUUGACAACACCAAGACGGUAAUAUCCCAAGCUGAACUCGAGGUGGAGGGUGUGUUAAAUGUUUAUAAGCAAGGUGAUGGUACAUUUAUCAUCAAUAUUUACAAAUUUGGUUCUUACUGGCCAAUCAAAAACAUGCAGUAA